AUGACUGCUAUGGCCAGUAGCCCCAAAAGGGGUCAUAACUGGCCCCCAAUGGCAAUGGCAUUGGCCAUUCUUUUCAUUUCUACUACUGUUGUUUCUGCUGCAGCAGAUAGUUAUGUUUACUCUUCACCUCCACCACCUUAUGAGUAUAAGUCACCACCACCACCGUCACCUUCACCACCACCACCAUAUGUGUACAAGUCACCACCUCCUCCACCAUAUGAGCACAAAGCUCCAUCUUAUGUGUACAAAUCACCACCUCCACCAUCCCCAUCACCACCUCCUCCUUAUGUGUACAUGUCACCACCUCCACCAUCCCCAUCACCACCUCCUCCAUACGUUUACAAGUCUCCACCACCACCACCAUAUGAACACAAGGCUCCAUCAUAUGAGUACAAGUCACCACCUCCCCCGUCUCCAUCACCACCACCUCCUUAUGUGUACAAGUCACCACCUCCACCACCAUAUGAACACAAGGCUCCACCAUAUGUGUACAAGUCACCACCUCCUCCAUCUCCAUCACCCCCACCACCAUACUAUUACAAAAGUCCUCCACCACCCUCUCCCUCGCCUCCACCUCCAUACUACUACAAAUCUCCUCCACCACCCUCACCUUCACCUCCCCCACCAUACUAUUACAAGUCUCCACCACCACCUUCUCCCUCACCACCACCUCCAUAUUACUACAAAUCUCCCCCACCACCCUCACCCUCCCCUCCCCCACCAUACUACUACAAGUCUCCUCCACCACCAUAUAUACACAAGGAUCCACCAUACUAUUACAAGUCCCCACCACCACCUACACCAUCUCCUCCACCACCCUACUACUACAAAUCUCCCCCACCACCUUCACCAUCUCCACCACCGCCAUACUACUACAAAUCUCCUCCCCCUCCAUCUCCUACUCCUCAUACCCCAUACUACUACAAGUCUCCCCCACCACCCAAGGUCCUUCCCCCACCUUACUAUUAUAACUCUCCUCCUCCGCCUGUUGCGUAUCCUCACCCACAUCCAUACCACCACUCAUUGAUUGUGAAGGUAAUCGGUAAAGUCUACAGCUUCAGGUGUUAUGACUGGGAGUAUCCUGAAAAAUCUCAUGACAAGAAACAUCUCAAAGGUGCUGUUGUUGAGGUGACAUGCAAAGCUGGGAGCAAAAUCAUUAAGGCUUAUGGUAAAACUAAGAUCAAUGGAAAGUACAGCAUCACAGUUGAGGACUUUGACUAUGUCAAAUAUGGUGCCACAGUGUGCAAGGCAGCCCUUUAUGCUCCACCUAAAGGCUCCCCCUUUAACAUACCUACUAAGCUAAACGAAGGAACUAAAUUGUACUUGUAUUCCAAAGACAAGUAUGAGGUUGUGCUUAAGGCUAAGCCAUUUGCUUAUGCUUCAAAGAAACAUUUUAAAGAAUGUGAGAAGCCCAAGCCAUCACCAACUCCAUACUACUACAAAUCACCUCCACCACCCACACCAGUUUACAAGUACAAAUCGCCACCUCCUCCAGUCCAUUAUUAUUCACCUCCAUAUUACUACAAAUCACCACCUCCUCCUGUGAAAUCGCCACCAACUCCUUACUACUACAAAUCCCCUCCACCUCCCUCACCGGUUUACAAGUACAACUCACCACCUCCACCGGUUUACAAGUACAAGUCGCCUCCUCCCCCAGUCCAUUAUCCCUCACCGGUUUACAAGUACAACUCACCACCUCCACCAGUUUACAAGUAUAAGUCACCACCUCCCCCGGUCCAUUAUCCCUCACCAAUUUACAAGUACAACUCACCACCUCCCCCAGUCCAUUAUUAUUCUCCUCCAUAUUCCUACAAGUCACCUCCACCUCCCUCUCCGGUUUACAAAUACAACUCACCACCUCCACCGGUCCAUCAUGAUUCACCCCCAUAUUACUACAAGUCACCUCCACCCCCCUCACCGGUUUACAAGUACAACUCUCCACCUCCACCGGUUUACAAGUAUAAGUCGCCUCCUCCUCCGGUCCAUUAUCCCUCACCGGUUUACAAGUACAACUCACCACCUCCCCCAGUCCAUCAUGAUUCUCCCCCAUAUUACUACAAGUCACCUCCACCCCCCUCACCGGUUUACAAGUAUAACUCACCACCUCCACCAGUUUACAAGUAUAACUCACCACCUCCCCCAGUUCAUUAUUAUUCUCCUCCAUAUUACUACAAGUCACCUCCACCUCCCUCUCCAGUUUACAAAUACAACUCACCACCUCCACCAGUCCAUCAUGAUUCUCCCCCAUAUUACUACAAAUCACCUCCACCCCCAUCACCGGUUUACAAGUACAACUCACCACCUCCACCAGUUUACAAGUACAACUCACCUCCUCCCCCGGUCCAUUAUCCCUCACCGAUUUACAAGUACAACUCGCCACCACCUCCAUAUUAUUACAAGUCCCCACCUCCACCAUCCCCAUCCCCUCCUCCACCAUACUAUUAUAAGUCCCCACCACCACCAUCACCAUCUCCACCACCACCUUACUAUUAUAAGUCACCUCCUCCACCUAAGGAGAUUUCAAACCCACCAUACUACUAUAAGUCACCACCCCCACCAUCACCUUCCCCUCCUCCACCCUACUAUUAUAAGUCCCCACCUCCACCAUCACCAUCCCCACCCCCUCCAUACUAUUACAAAUCUCCUCCACCACCAUCACCAUCACCACCACCUCCCUACUAUUACAAAUCACCUCCACCACCAUCACCAUCUCCACCACCUCCAUACUAUUACAAAUCUCCACCACCUCCAUCACCAUCUCCACCACCUCCCUAUUAUUACAAAUCACCUCCACCACCCUCACCAUCACCGCCACCUCCUUACUAUUACAAAUCUCCCCCACCUCCAUCUCCAUCACCACCACCUCCUUAUCACUAUCAAAGUCCUCCUCCACCAUCUCCCAUUUCUCAUCCUCCCUACUACUACAAAUCCCCUCCUCCACCGUCGCCAUCUCCUCCACCUCCUUACCUUUAUGUGAGUCCUCCCCCACCAGUAAAGUCACCUCCACCACCAGCUUAUAUCUAUGCUUCACCACCACCACCUAUAUACAACUAA